CAUUCAUGAACGACUGUCUAUAUAUAUACACAAACACACUCGUAUAUGGGAAGUAACGUGCGGGACUUUCUUGCAGCUCAAGUUUUACAGACUUCACUUUGACAGUUUCAAACUUUCCAUAUUCAAAAGUUUACGUUUCUGGGUUCGAAACUAGCUCCCAAGAUCUGGGCAUGUGUUUUUCUCUCUAGGGCCGCCAUAAAAAUCACAUCUUUCUUCUCUCCAUUGUUCCAAGGAAAAAUUCAUAGAGAUUGCCCUAGUAAAUUUGCAUUUUUACGAGGACUUUUGUGGUAUGGCGUUGGCAAGGAUUGCGAGGAGUGGCCUAAGGCGCUCGGGAGGUGCUGUUGGGAGUUAUGCAAGUCAGAAGGACUUUCUGUGUGAGGGUGUUUCAGCUCAAAUUAGUCCCUCGCCAAUCAUUAGAAACUUUACAUCAAAUGGUAAUCUGGAUUAUCUUUCAAGUACUAAUAGGGUGCAUCCAGCAAGUUUUGGGAAUAGAGGCAUGAGGUUUACAGUUACCCCUCAAUACCGAUUUGCUCAUUCACAAGCACAAAGGACGGAACUCUCUGAUUCUGAGAACGAAAGCACGAGGUAUCCCACCUUGGGAGCUACAAAGCCAGGUGAAAAGCCCAGAGUAGUAGUGCUCGGUUCUGGGUGGGCAGCAUGUAGAUUCCUUAAAGGGAUUGACACGAGUAUGUACGAUGUUGUUUGUAUAUCACCUAGGAAUCAUAUGGUCUUCACUCCUUUACUUGCAUCAACAUGUGUUGGAACCCUCGAGUUCCGAUCAGUUGCUGAGCCUGUUAGUCAGAUACAGACUGCCUUAGCCAAAGACCCCAAUUCCUAUUUCUUUCUCGCUAACUGCACGGGCGUGGACACUGAAAAACACGAGGUGUUCUGUGAGACAAUUGACAAUGGUGGACAAAACCAGGAAGCUUACCAGUUUAGAGUUGCAUAUGACAAGCUUGUGAUUGCUUCUGGAGCUGAGCCCUUGACCUUUGGUAUAAAGGGAGUCGAGCAACACGCCUUUUUCCUCCGUGAAGUGAACCAUGCCCAAGAGAUCAGGAAAAGGCUUCUCUUGAACCUGAUGCUUUCUGAAACUCCAGGCAUGUCAGAAGAAGAGAAGGAGCAACUUUUGCACUGUGUUGUUAUCGGAGGUGGCCCAACCGGGGUUGAAUUCAGUGGCGAGUUAAGUGAUUUUAUCAUGAGAGAUGUUCGCCAACGAUAUGCUCAUGUUAAAAACUACAUUCAUGUUACCCUCAUUGAGGCGAACGAGAUUUUAUCUUCAUUUGAUGUGGGACUAAGACAAUACGCAACAAAACACUUAACCAAGGUUGGUGUCCGUCUGGUUCGUGGUGUGGUUAAAGAGGUACACCCUAAGAAGAUAGUUCUCAGUGAUGGAAGUGAAGUCCCAUAUGGCCUCCUCGUUUGGUCUACCGGAGUUGGGCCAUCUGGAUUUGUAAAAUCACUGAAUCUCCCAAAGGCCCCCGGUGGAAGGAUUGGAAUAGAUGAAUAUUUGCGGGUUCCUUCUGUGGAUGAUGUAUAUGCACUCGGUGAUUGUGCUGGUUUUCUUGAACAGACAGGAAGGCCGGUUUUACCUGCUCUAGCUCAGGUUGCUGAGAGACAAGGGAAGUACCUCGUUGAGUUGUUCAACAAAAUGGGGAAGCAAAGCGGGGGAAAAGCCCUGUCUGCAAAAGACGUCGCUCUGGGAGAUCCUUUCGUGUACAACCAUCUCGGGAGCAUGGCUUCUGUAGGGCGUUACAAGGCCCUGGUCGACCUGCGACAGUCCAAGGGCGCGGAAGGGGUUUCAAUGGCGGGGUUCGUGAGUUGGUUGAUAUGGCGCUCGGCUUACUUGACUCGAGUUCUCAGCUGGAGAAACAGGUUCUAUGUAGCUGUGAACUGGGCAACAACUCUAGUCUUUGGCAGAGACAACUCAAGAAUAGGAUAAAUAUAUAGCAGCAUACUGGGAUUCUGCUUGGACUACUACUGGAAAUUUUACAAACUGGAUUUCCUUUUUAUCUAUAUGUAGUUUAUGUAUAACAACAGUGCAUUGUAUUCCUUUAUACGUGUCAUUUAAUUUGUUAUUUCUUGAAAUAUUGGAAAUUCCAAUGUUGUUAUGCCUUCUUGUUAUCUACGAAGAAGGGUCAAAUAGACCAUUGAAUUACACACGAAA